GACUUUUGAGCAGUGUUUGUUUGAGUCAGUGAAAUCUACUAAAAAUAUUGUAAACCGAAAGAAAAUAAACUUGUAUUUUUACUGUGGUUCGUGUGUGUGUUUAAAAAUGAUUAAUUGUUUAAAUUAUACAAAAAUAUUUUCUGCUGAUUCGAUAAUAUUUUAAACAUGGGAAAUUAUUAAAAAUCUAUCAUGAAAUCGUUCAAGCUCAUCGUGCAUCAGUCCAGCUUCAGCCCUGUGGAUCUCAUAAUUAACCUAAAGGAUUAUCCAGGGUUGAAAGAAAAAGAUAUUGUAGAAAUUUACCAUCCUGAAAAUGAUUAUCCACGUUUAUUAUUGCAAGUUACAAAAGUGGAUGUGCCUGGAAGAGGACGAGAUACAAUCAGUGUGGAACAGAGCAUCGCGACCACAUUCCAACUUAGGACCUUUGCCGAUGUUUACGUUAAUAUCGUCAAUGUCACUGAAGUGGCUCUGGACUCAGUGGAGCUCACGUUCAAAGACCAAUACAUGGGCAGAUCUGAAAUGUGGAGGUUGAAAAAUCACUUGGUUAGCACUUGUGUGUAUUUAAACAAAAAGAUUGAAUACUGUGGCGGAGCUAUAAGAUGCCAAGUAUAUGAGAUGUGGUCACAAGGAGACCGAGUGGCGUGCGGGGUGAUUACGGAAGACACAAAGAUUGUAUUCAGGUCAUCCACUUCUAUGGUCUAUCUGUUUAUUCAGAUGUCAUCCGAGAUGUGGGAUUUUGACAUACAUGGUGAUUUAUAUUUUGAAAAAGCUGUUAAUGGCUUUCUUGCUGAUCUCUUUGCUAAAUGGAAGAAAAAUGGAAGUAACCAUGAAGUUACCAUAGUACUGUUCUCUAGAACAUUUUAUAAGGCCAAGUCUUUAGAAGAAUUUCCUCAGCACAUGAAAGAGUGUUUACAAAAAGACUAUAGGGGGAGGUUCUAUGAAGACUUUUACAGAGUUGCGGUACAAAAUGAGAGGUAUGAAGACUGGUCAAAUGUUCUACUGCAGUUACGAAGACUGUUCACAGAUUAUCAAAAGAUAGUUCUACAAUAUCACGAAAGACCCAACAUGGAAAUCCCCACGGCAAUCAAUUCCACUGCUGCCCAAGGGAACUUUUUAGAAGUCCUCAAUAUGAGUUUAAAUGUGUUUGAAAAGCACUAUCUGGACAGAUGUUUCGACAGAACGGGACAGUUGAGCGUGGUCAUAACCCCAGGCGUCGGAGUUUUCGAAGUCGACAGGGAACUGACCAACGUUACCAAGCAACGAAUCAUAGACAACGGAGUCGGAAGCGACUUGGUUUGCGUCGGCGAACAACCGCUACACGCGGUCCCGCUCCUCAAAUUCCACAACAAAGACAACAACCUCAAUUCCAUAGACGACUACUCUAUGCCCCAUUGGAUCAACUUGUCUUUUUAUUCCACGAACAAAAAGGUCGCAUAUUCAAACUUCAUUCCGAGAAUCAAAUUGCCGCCGCGGAAAAGUCAGGAGCCUCUGAAGAAAAUGUAUGAGGAUGAACGCAAAGGGAAACUGGUGAAGGAAGACGAGUACAUGCACAACUCGAUAUUUGACUACGAUGCGUAUGACGCUCAAGUAUUUCAAUUGCCGCCGGCUCACAGCACUUGUGUACAAAAAGUGAAUAGAACGAAGAAGACUUCUGUGGCAGGUUUGGAGGGAAUAAACAGAAGGAGCCCUCCCGCUUCACACCACAGGAAAAUGUCCGACCCGGACAUACAUCAUAGUCUAGGGGACAUGUUGACGAUUAGUGCAAAACGCUUGGUUCCAGACAAGCCAGCCGCAUACGAUUCCAGCAGCGACGUGCCCGAUUCCCCACUGGCUUCAAACCGGCUAUCCCCAAGGAGUUCUAUCUCGUCACACAAGCCGGUUAUCCGGACCGGUCGUGCACUGAUCAAUCCGUUCGACCCCUCUCACGUUACUGUCAAACUGACCAGUAACAGGCGAAGGUGGACGCAUAUAUUCCCUAAAGGUCCCACGGGAGUGCUGAUACAACAGCACCACUACCAAGCGCGACCUGCCGGAGAACCGACCUCCAGGCCUGAUCACCUUCGGGAGCCCAAGGAGAAUGGAUCGUCCAUCGGGAACAACAAUCACCCUAUAUACCAAGUUGAUGAUACAAUCAGUGUGGAACAGAGCAUCGCGACCACAUUCCAACUUAGGACCUUUGCCGAUGUUUAUGUUAAUAUCGUCAAUGUCACUGAAGUGGCUCUGGACUCAGUGGAGCUCACGUUCAAAGACCAGUACAUGGGCAGAUCUGAAAUGUGGAGGUUGAAAAAUCACUUGGUUAGCACUUGUGUGUAUUUAAACAAAAAGAUUGAAUACUGUGGCGGAGCUAUAAGAUGCCAAGUAUACGAGAUGUGGUCACAAGGAGAUCGAGUGGCUUGCGGGGUGAUUACAGAAGACACAAAGAUUGUAUUCAGGUCAUCCACUUCUAUGGUCUAUCUGUUUAUUCAGAUGUCAUCCGAAAUGUGGGAUUUUGACAUACAUGGUGAUUUAUAUUUUGAAAAAGCUGUUAAUGGCUUUCUUGCUGAUCUCUUUGCUAAAUGGAAGAAAAAUGGAAGUAACCAUGAAGUUACCAUAGUACUGUUCUCUAGAACAUUUUAUAAGGCCAAGUCUUUAGAGGAAUUUCCUCAGCACAUGAAAGAGUGUUUACAAAAAGACUAUAGGGGGAGGUUCUAUGAAGACUUUUACAGAGUGGCAGUACAAAAUGAGAGGUAUGAAGACUGGUCAAAUGUUCUACUGCAGUUACGAAGACUGUUCACAGAUUAUCAAAAGAUAGUUCUACAAUAUCACGAAAGACCCAACAUGGAAAUCCCCACGGCAAUAAAUUCCACUGCUGCCCAAGGGAACUUUUUAGAAGUCCUCAAUAUGAGUUUAAAUGUGUUUGAAAAGCACUAUCUGGACAGAUGUUUCGACAGAACGGGACAGUUGAGCGUGGUCAUAACCCCAGGCGUCGGAGUUUUCGAAGUCGACAGGGAACUGACCAACGUCACCAAGCAACGAAUCAUAGACAACGGAGUCGGAAGCGACUUGGUUUGCGUCGGCGAACAACCGCUACACGCGGUCCCGCUCCUCAAAUUCCACAACAAAGACAACAACCUCAAUUCCAUAGACGACUACUCUAUGCCCCAUUGGAUCAACUUGUCUUUUUAUUCCACGAACAAAAAGGUCGCAUAUUCAAACUUCAUUCCGAGAAUCAAAUUGCCGCCGCGGAAAAGCCAGGAGCCUCUGAAGAAAAUGUAUGAGGAUGAACGCAAAGGGAAACUGGUGAAGGAAGACGAGUACAUGCACAACUCGAUAUUUGACUACGAUGCGUAUGAUGCUCAAGUGUUUCAAUUGCCGCCGGCUCACAGCACUUGUGUACAAAAAGUGAAUAGAACGAAGAAGACUUCUGUGGCAGGCUUGGAGGGAAUAAACAGAAGGAGCCCUCCCGCUUCACACCACAGGAAAAUGUCCGACCCGGACAUACAUCAUAGUCUAGGGGACAUGUUGACGAUUAGUGCAAAACGCUUGGUUCCAGACAAGCCAGCCGCAUACGAUUCCAGCAGCGACGUGCCUGACUCCCCACUGGCUUCAAACCGGCUAUCCCCGAGGAGUUCGAUCUCGUCACACAAGCCGGUUAUCCGGACCGGUCGUGCACUGAUCAAUCCGUUCGACCCCUCUCACGUUACUGUCAAACUGACCAGUAACAGACGAAGAUGGACGCAUAUAUUCCCUAAAGGUCCCACGGGAGUGCUAAUACAACAGCACCACUACCAAGCGCGACCUGCCGGAGAACCGACCUCCAGGCCUGACCACCUCCGGGAGCCCAAGGAGAACGGAUCGUCCAUCGGGAACAACAAUCACCCAAUAUACCAAGUUGAUGAUAUUUUGACAGGUAACGUGAUUGGGCGCAAGCGCAUGAUCAGUACGUCGAAUACAGGGGGCGUGUUUGGAGCCGCCUUAGGGCCUCCAUCCACUACUAACAACGCGUCGCUUGCCCUACUGUGGGGCGCGACGGGAGAACAGGAGUGGACGCCCGCCCUUACCACAGGUGUGGACUGGAAAUCACUCACGAUCCCGGCAUGUUUGCCGAUCACGACCGACUAUUUCCCCGACAAGCGGUCGCUGCAGAACGACUAUCUGGUGUCGGACUACAAUCUGUUGCCUGACGACGUUAACGCCGACUUUGCGCAGAACAGAGCAAUUUACAAAGAGCCGCUCACUACUAUGGAAGUUUUUAAAGAGUUGGUCUCGCAGAGAUUGGCGCAGGGCUUCCAACUGAUUGUCGGCGUGAACGAAAACGACAUGAUCGAGUCGAACUGCCCGUCAUCGGCGGCCCCUCCGCCGUCUAAAGUGGCCCCCCAGUUGAGCAAACCGGCCAACGCGGCCCCCACUAAGAGAUACUUGCUCUCCAUCGGCAGGAUAUUCCACAAACUGACGCUGGUCGGCUCCACCAUCACUGUGACGAGAUAUAGACCUAGACACCCAUACCCGCCUUUCAACAUCCACUACCGCUACCGCUUCCACGCGCCGAACCACGAUACGUACGAAGUGUCGUGGGUCUCGUUCACGACUGAGAAGCUGGAGACCUACAACUGGAACUACAUGGAUCACUACAUCUGCACCAGGGGAGACACAGACUUCGCCUUAGUCGAGUACAAGAACAAGCACUUGGACGUCGAUGUGAGCAACAAGAGCGACCGCAUCGAGUGGGGUCACGCGCGCUACCAGGCCACGUUCCGCCCGGACCAGGCCUACGAGAUGUGCAUACAGUGGGCCGUCGCUAGCGGGAACAUUGUGUCCGAACUGAUAUUCGGAUGGGCGCGAAAGGCACAGAACUGCCGCCUGCAAAUGGUGCCUAUCCCGGCCGACCCGCUUGCACUGCCAUUCACAUCUAAGUCCGACCCUCUACGGGGCCCCAUCUACGUGCCUUUGAACGAGGAACCCCUACUCAGAAACAAGACUGCUUUGUUUGAAGGUUUCCCUGAAGACACAUGGCUCGAGAGGUUAUUCUUAUUCCAAGAGGCUAUAGUAGGCCGCUUCGGCUUCAUCAAAUGUACUGUGGAGAGCACAUCUCACGCGGCCGGAGUGGGAGACCAUCUAUAUGUACACGUCACUGGGAACAUGUUUAUACUCAUCCCGACUACGGUCAAGUCGGAACAGAGGGCACUAAGGGCGAAGCCGCCGAACAAACCUUUGAAUGCCAUAAUCCUUCUGUACCUGUACUACCACGACACGUACGAAGUGUCGUGGGUCUCGUUCACGACUGAGAAGCUGGAGACCUAUAACUGGAACUACAUGGAUCACUACAUCUGCACCAGGGGAGACACAGACUUCGCCUUAGUCGAGAAGCUGGAGACCUACAACUGGAACUACAUGGAUCACUACAUCUGCACUAGGGGAGACACAGACUUCGCCUUAGUCGAGGUGAGUUUGUUAACAAGGACUAACCACGACACGUACGAAGUGUCGUGGGUCUCGUUCACGACUGAGAAGCUGGAGACCUACAACUGGAACUACAUGGAUCACUACAUCUGCACCAGGGGAGACACAGACUUCGCCUUAGUCGAGGCACUAAAAUACUGGCGAUUCCGCACGCUCCUGUUGCCUCUAUACAACCCGGCCACAAAACAGAUCUUGGAGGACGAGUCGACUCACUGCGACAUCUACCCCACGCCCACCAGGCAGGAUCUAGACCACCUGACUGAGGGCUUCCUAAAGAUGACCGAGUUGUACUUCAAUAAGGUCAAAAGGCCCAACAAGCAGCGGAUGGCGGGCACGGUGGGCGCGGGCGCGGACAACGCGCUAACUCGCCGCCGCCAUUCAACUUCGAUGCUGACUCGGAGCGCCCAGGGCGGCGUGUCGAGUUCGCCGUUCCGGGAACGCGUGGGCAGCACCCGCCUGCCGGACCGGCCGCGGCUCCGGAUCGAGGCCAUGGCAGUAGCAAAAACUGUGCUCGAAAGAACGCAGUCACAGACUGGUGAAUGUGAAGACACUUAUGAUGAUGGCGUGAUAGAACCAAAGCUAAAAGCAAAUUCCACGCUGCCAGAGAUCGUCGAGCGCAUGCGAAGCGUCAACCUUGGCGUUGGAUUCCUACAGCAGACCGUCAGUCUGCCUUCGCACACGUUCGUCUCCAUAUACGCGAUCCACUGGCUACAGGCCAAUAUGGAGGCGAUCACGUAUGAAAAAGCUACAGCUAUUAUGGAGAAACUACUACAAGACAAGAUGAUCUGCCACGCUUCAGGAGACACGACGAAGCGAUUCGUCGUCGGAUAUUACAUGUACCACAUCUUGCCCCAGAAGAAGGACAAAGAGCUGACAGACUACGUGAAACCCCUCGGCGACUUGCAGAGUUUCGAAAACGAGUGGAUGGAAGUGGAAGUGUUAGGUCCUCGCUCGCCUUUACUCUCGAGCGAUGUAUCGAGCGGCGGCAUCGAUAUAUCGGGAUCGAGCCCUCUGACUGAUGACACGGGAGUGCCUGCGUUCUUGUGUGACAAUAUCGACCCUAAUUAUAUGCAGGUCGAUGGCGAUAAUGACCCCUUGCUCUCGAGCGAUUUAUCGAGCGGCGGCAUCGAUAUAUCGGGAUCGAGUCCACGGACGGACGAUACGGGUGUUCCUGUCUUCUUGUGUGACAACAUCGACCCUAAUUAUAUGCAGGUCGAUGGCGAUAAUGACCGUGACGAUGUAUCGAGCGGUGGCAUCGAUAUAUCGGGAUCGAGUCCGCUGACGGACGACACGGGAGUGCCUGCCUUCUUGUGUGACAAUAUCGACCCUAAUUAUAUGCAGGUCGAGGGCGAUAAUGACCCCUUGCUCUCGAGCGAUUUAUCGAGCGGCGGCAUCGAUAUAUCGGGGUCGAGUCCACUGACGGACGACACGGGUGUUCCUGUCUUCUUGUGUGACAACAUCGACCCUAAUUAUAUGCAGGUCGAUGGCGAUAAUGACCUGCCACUGUAUAAGAACACGCACCUAGACAUCGAUGUGAGCAACAAGAGCGACCGCAUAGAGUGGGGACACGCGCGCUACCAGGCCACUUUCCCCCCGGACCAGGCCUACGAGAUGUGCAUACAGUGGGCCGUCGCUAGCGGGAACAUUGUGUCCGAACUGAUAUUCGGAUGGGCGCGCAAAGCGCAGAACUGUCGCCUCCAAAUGGUACCGAUCCCGGCCGACCCGCUUGCUCUGCCUUUCACCUCUAAGUCCGACCCUCUACGGGGCCCCAUCUACGUGCCUUUGAACGAGGAACCCCUACUCAGAAACAAGACUGCUUUGUUUGAAGGUUUCCCUGAAGACACAUGGCUCGAGAGGUUAUUCUUAUUCCAAGAGGCUAUAGUAGGCCGCUUCGGCUUCAUCAAAUGUACCGUGGAGAGCACAUCUCACGCGGCCGGAGUGGGAGACCAUCUAUAUGUCCACGUCACUGGGAACAUGUUUAUACUCAUCCCGACUACGGUCAAGUCGGAACAGAGGGCACUAAGGGCCAAGCCGCCGAACAAACCUUUGAAUGCCAGCAGAUACCCGGUGCAUUCUGAAGCAGCACCCAGUCCUCACGAAGGUUACAUCACUCGCCACGUGAGCGGGAAAAACAAGGACGACUACGAUAACAGCAGGAGGAUGGGCUUCUUAUGGUCGUGGAAUCACAUGAUAUCUAAGAAGUGGAAAUGGUCGCAAACACCUGCUACAGGUGACGAGACUUUCCAAAUGCGAAUGUUGCGCGAUUUCAAACAUUUCUGCGCCAACCAAGAACAAAGACUGAGUCAAUUUUGGGAUCAGUGUUGGGAGUUACAGGAGGCAGCUCAAGGAAUUAAAUCCUGUUAAUUUAUUAA